AUGGAGGACGCGGAGCUACGCUGCACGGUGGCCGUGGAGCAGCCGCUGCUGGGGGGACAGGCCCCGCGGCGCCGCGUGAUGCGGGGCGCGCUGGUGCUGCUGGGUCGCAACGAGCUGCGGCAGCCGGUGCUGCGGGUGGUCGGCAGUGGCGGGGCGGCGGCGGCGCUGAGCUUCACGCUGGCGGGUGACUCUGUGCGGCUCUUCACGCGGUUCGCGGGCGACGGGCGGGCGGCGGUGCGGGUGGGCCCGGGCGGCGCCCAGGUCCUGCUCUCCGACUGCCCCCCGGACGCGCUGCGCCGCUUCCUCCGCCUCCUGCGGCUCAAGGUCGCCGCCGGGCCGCGGGGCGCGCCACGCUGCCCCCGCCUGCUGGACCGGCCGCCGCCGGCCUUCGCCGUCAUCAGCCCGCUGCAGGAGCGAGACCUGCUGUGCGCCCCCGGCCGCCUCCGCGGCGGCGAGGCGCGAGGGGAGCGCCCGGCGGAGGUCCCCCGUGCGGAGAGGCGGCCCCCGGCGAGGCUCUCGGCGGAGCAGGAGGCGGUGCUGGGCGCCGUCCGGAGCGGGAAGAGUAUCUUCUUCACCGGCUGUGCGGGUAAGGGGGCCGGGCGGCUGUCACCAGGGACCGGGAAGUCGUUCCUGCUGAAGAGGAUCGUGGGCUCCCUCCCUCCAAAGAGCACCUACGCUACGGCCAGCACAGGAGUGGCGGCUUGCCACAUCGGUGGCACCACACUCCACGCCUUCGCAGGGAUCGGCUCUGGGAAGGCACCACUGGAACAGUGUAUUCAGCUGGCGGAGAGGCCUGGGGUGCGCCAGCACUGGCUGGCCUGCCAGCACUUAAUUAUUGAUGAGAUCUCAAUGGUGGAUGGCAAGUUCUUUGACAGGCUGGAGGCAGUGGCGAGGGCAGUCAGAAAACGGGAUGAGCCUUUUGGAGGAAUUCAGCUAAUCAUCUGUGGGGACUUCUUGCAACUACCCCCAGUCUGUAAGGCUAAUGAAGAAACCAAGUUCUGCUUCCAGGCAAAAAGCUGGAGGAAAUGCAUCCACAUAAACAUGGAGCUGACUGAAGUGCGGCGACAGACUGACAAGACCUUUGUCUCGCUCCUGAGCGCAGUCCGUUUGGGCAGGUGCACAGAGGAGGUUACCAGACUGCUCAUGCAUACCGCUGCUAACAGGUCUGAGCGUGAUGGGAUCCUGGCUACACGGCUCUGCACCCAUAAAGAUGAUGUAGAAAUAACUAAUGAGAGACGCUUGCAACAGCUAUCAGGAGAAGUGCACACUUUUGAGGCUUUGGACAGUGACCCAAUGCUAGUGAAGUUAAUUGAUGCUCAAUGUCCUGUGGGUGGUACAGUUGAGCUAAAGCUUGGAGCUCAGGUGAUGCUAGCUAAGAAUCUGGAUGUGUCUCAAGGGCUGGUGAAUGGGGCACGAGGAGUUGUUGUAGGAUUUGAAAGUGAACAGAAGGGGCUGCCUAAGGUGAGGUUUCUCUGUGGGGUCACACAGGUCAUCAAAAUGGAGAAAUGGGUCUUCAAAGGACUAUCAGGAGUUCAUCUGAGUCGUCAACAGUUGCCUUUAAAAUUGGCAUGGGCCAUUUCCAUUCACAAGAGUCAGGGCAUGUCUUUAGAUUGCGUGGAAAUCUCCCUGUCUCGUGUCUUUGAAAGCGGGCAGGCUUAUGUAGCCCUCUCCCGAGCCCGUAGCCUUGCGGGUCUUCGUGUUCUGGAUUUUGAUCCAAAAGUAGUGAGAGCUGAUCCUUCUGUGUUGCAGUUCUAUAGACAGCUGAGACGUCAUCAACUUCUAACCCAGGAUUCACUACACACCUAUUCAGGUGCUGAUGAGAAGGAGAACUGGAAAUGA